AAAAAAAGAGGUUUGCGUGCAACUUUUGUUUUUUUCAUUGAAAAGCGAAGCAAUCAACAUCUUCCGAUCGGAUUGGGCGGUUCAUCGUCUUCUUCAGCGAUGGAGAGCAGCGUCAGCGUUCCGGCGGAUUUGGCGGGCUCUCUAAUAAGGAAGUCAAAGCAGGGGUUAGUGCUUUGGGCGGAGGGUUUCAGGGAGGCUUGCUGUCUUCAUCGCGUCUUCAUCUACUGUUUCAGGUCGAGACAGCUCGCCGUCCGCACUGGCCAGUGUUUCUUAUUGAAUGGCUUUAUCUUCUUAGGGAGUAUCUUUCUUCUGAAAUCAGUCAUUGUUCCAGCACUACAAUGGAUAUUACCUGAUCAAUGCCCACAGAUCACUUCUGAAGAUUCACGCUCAUGUGGGGGUAUUUUGGAAUUCUAUAAUUUCUUACGUCUUGGACUUGUACAGCUAUUCUAUGUUUUCUGGUUUUUUCCAUUAUACAUAUUGAGCUUCAUUCUUAGCAAUAUCUGGUACAAUGACAUUGCAAAACAUGGGUUUUUUGCAAUUGAGGAAUAUGGAGCUUCUGGUACUAAAUUGACUGAUCAGAAGGAGUCGCAAACUUCACAAAAAACAGUUAGUAAGGCUAAAUCAACCGAUUUUGAAGGAGUCAUGAUUGGCAUUGCGGAACAAAUCUAUUCUGUCCUUUUGCUGACUUUCUUUUUCCUGGAGGUUUAUGUUAUUGGAUUUAUCCCCUAUAUUGGAAAGGCGCUUAACUUUCUGCUUCUUUCUUGGAUGUAUGCAUAUUAUUGUUUCGAGUAUAAAUGGAAUCUAUCAGGACUAAGUUUGGACAAGAGGCUGGACUUCUUUGAAACAAACUGGGCAUUUUUUGCUGGAUUUGGAAGCCCGUGUGCCCUGGCAAUAUUCUUGUUCUCCCCUCUCGUUAGCUAUGGCGUUAUGGCUAUACUCUUUCCCUUGUUUGUUUUGACUGCAACUGGCUCAGAAGCCGACAAGAUUGUUUCCUUACCAAGAACAAAAUGGAGAGGUGCAGGACUAGGAAGGGUUCCGAUAUUUUAUGUUGCAGAUUACGUAUCGACGAAGAUCUUGACACUGCUUCCCACGCAACAAGGUAGGGCAACGCCAGAGAACAAGGCACUCUAAGCACAAAAUUGCGUGUUUGACUCGCUGGCACUCUCACCUGCUCGGCCAUUCUUGGAUUUUCACCCGGCUUGCCUCAGACAUAUUUCUGGUCCUAAUCUGCGAGUUAUAUACACCACCUGAACUCAAACUGCUCAACUCAUCUUCACAUAUAUCUGUCAUGGCAGUUGCAGGUUUGAUCAUAUUGUGUGCAUUGCAGAAUCUUAGAUCAGGGGAAUAGAAACAAGACUGGAGCAAAUCAUAAUGGGUGGAGAAAAGGUAAAUUCAAGACUCCAGUUUUCUGCAUAAUUUGUAGAUAAUUCUGGUGCAAAAAUAAAAAUGUUGGGUAAAUACUAAAUUGUGAAAAACAUUAUGGGA